UCUGCAUCUCCGCACUCGACGGGGCCGAUAAUACUAUAAUAUUUUUUUUUUAUCGUGCGGCUCAUCCAGAUAAGUCGUGCCAGACUUACCAACAACGGUCUGGUCGUCCUAAUUGAUUUUAUUUUCUUUUCUUUUCUUCUCUAUCUCUCAUCCACACUGUAGCCAUCCGCAACACUGGACUCUCUUCCGUUCCGCUUCAAAGCGUCGGGUGCAGCCAACAUGGCGCCCAUCACCCAGUCGGGACACCAUCACCGCAGCACCACCAAGGUCUCGCACAAGGCAUUCAAGAGCAAGCAUGCCACCAAAGGCGCUCUGAAGGAGCAGGCAAAGGGAAAGGUCGAGAACCGUGAGCGGGGUAGUCGCAAGACCCCUCACCAGCAGCUCAUGUCGAAACUCGAUCGCAGAAACCAGGCUCGCCAGAAGCAACAGUUGAAGCACCAGGAGAAGGCCCAGGCAACCAGCAUCUUUGCCGGAUCCAACGGUGCGCCCAGACAUGUCGCCGUUGUACCUCUAUCGUCCGAUAUCGAUAUCCGUGCCGCCAUCCGUCAGUUGAACGAAAGCGUCGAUGUCCCCGACGACGUCUCCCAGGAUGGUAUCUCGCGUGUGCGCGUCGAUCGGUUCAGACAGAGCGUCAUGUACAUUCCCGCCAAAUACGACCUGAUGCAUGCGUUGGACGCCUCGCGGAUGGCGGACUUUGUCCUUGUUGUGCUCUCUGCCGAGAAGGAGGUUGACGAGGAGGGAGAAGUGCUGUUGCGGUCCAUUGAGGGACAGGGAAUCUCGAACGUCUUCUCCGUGGUUCAGGGACUGGAUAAAAUCAAUCCCCCGAAGAAGCGGACCCAGACCGUGUCUUCUCUCAAGUCAUACAUCACCCAUUUCUUCCCCAAUAUCGAAAAGGUCCUUUCUCUCGACUCAAGACAGGAAUGUUCCAACGUCGUGCGCAGUCUCUGCACCGCUACCCCCAAGGGAAUCCGCUGGAGGGAUGAACGCAGCUGGCUGCUCCUCGAGGAUGUUAAGUGGCCCGAGUCCAACGCUGAAGUGGUGGACGAUGUAGUCUUGACCGGUGUCGUGCGGGGAAAGGGUCUAAAGGCUGACCGCAUCGUGCAUGUGCCUGGCUGGGGUGACUUCCAGGUAGACUCCAUCACAGCGGCACCUUUGCUAAGUACGAAGAACAAAAAGGGCGACGCGAUGAACGUCGACGAGAACGAGUCGACGCAGGUCCUGGAUGCCCCGACAGAGGACCGUGACGAUAUGGCUACUGUUGCACCGGAGGAGAUCGAAAUGGAGGACGAUGACAUGCUUUCAGUCGCUGACACUGAGCGGAAGGGUGUCCUACUGGAUGACCACCAUUACUUCUCAGACGAUGAGACUCACAUCCCGCCUCGUCCGAAGAGACUGCCGAAGGGAACAUCGGAUUACCAGGCGGCCUGGUAUCUGGAUGACGUCUCUGACUCCGGUUCCGACUUGGAGGAUGAAGACGAAGAGAUGGAGAUGGACACCUCGGGCAACCCUGAAGACGGUGUGUUCCCCGAACGACAGGAUGCUAUGACGGAAGCUGGACCUUCCGAGUAUCCCCAGUCGGAGAUGUUCCUUGACCCAUCUCCGGAGGAUGAGGCAGACCAGCUAGAGGAGUACCGUGCUAGUCGCCGCAAUGAAGCAAAGGAGGACCUGGAAUUUCCUGACGAGAUCGAACUUCACCCGAACGUGCUUGCCAGAGAGCGCCUGGCUCGGUACAGAGGUCUCAAGAGUCUCAAGACUAGUCACUGGGAGACCUCAGAGGACAAGCCUCACGAACCGGAGGAUUGGCGCCGCCUCCUUCAGAUUUCAGACUACAAGGGUUCGAGAAACAGGAGCAUUCGCGAGGCUCUUGUUGGAGGAGUCAACCCUGGUACUCGAGUAGACGUGCACCUCCGAGCUGUGCCUUCAUCUCUUCGAAACCGCCCACAGCCCAUGGCCCUAUUUUCGCUCCUGCGCCAUGAGCACAAGCAGACCGUGGUCAACAUCAACAUGACCCUGAGCUCAUCCGUCGAGGAGCCUCUGAAAUCCAAGGAGGAGGUCAUAAUCCAGUGCGGACCCCGUCGUCUUCUUGUGAAGCCCGUCUACUCAGCUGCGGGCAACACCCCGAACAACGUGCACAAGUUCGACCGCUUCCUCCAUCCCGGCCGCGCUGCCAUCGCAACCUACAUUGGCCCGCUGACCUGGGGUUCCGUGCCCGUCCUGAUGUUCAAGAACCAGCAAGUCAAAGACCCUGAAGUCCUGGACUCCGAUGAUGCAAACGCCCCGACUAUCAACCGUCUCGAGCUUAUCGGCAACGGCACCGUCGUGGCCCCCGAUCACUCCCGCGUCGUCGCCAAACGAGUCAUUCUGACCGGCCACCCAUUCAAGAUCCACAAGAAGGUCGUCACGGUGCGCUACAUGUUCUUCAACUCCGAGGACGUCAACUGGUUCAAGGCCCUCCAGCUGUGGACCAAGCGCGGCCGCACCGGCUACAUCAAAGAGAGUCUCGGUACCCACGGCUACUUCAAAGCUACAUUCGAUGCGAAGAUCAACCCACAAGACGCUAUCGGAAUCAGUCUCUACAAAAGAGUCUUCCCUCGCAAAGCUCUGCCGUUGGAGGAAGUGCAAGCGUAGAGGCUUACCUUUGGUUUGGUGUUUUUUUUUUAUAUAUUUCUUUUUAUUUCUCUUUGCCGGCAUAUAUUCUUACCAUUAUUGUUAUGAGAUACCAUCAUCUUCCCCAUCCGCAGCGGACGAAAAGAGAGAAGAAGAAAAGAAAAGCAUUCAUUAUGUCAGUCUUCCGGGUUGGAAUUUGUCCAUCAUGAAAUAUCAAAUCUAGUCAGCUAAAGAGACAAGACACAGAACAUAUGGGACUAUGAAUAUGAAGAAGAAGAAUACAAACAGGGAUUAGGCUCAUAGAUAGCAUUGGCUCUUUGUCCUUUUUUGAAAAAUCCUAACGAGUUACGAAGAUGUUAAAUCGUCU